CAUCAAAUAGACGAUUCUCAAGUGUUGUGCGAAAUACAACUGGCAUACUAAAAGCGCAUGGACAACGUCGAUUGCCUGCUCAUUUGAAAAAUUAAAACUUCCUAAACAACGCUAUAAAAUAUUUAUAAGUAAUUAUUCAAAUGUAAAGAGAAAUAAAAAGCCAAUAACAUUAAAUCAACAUACGAACACUGUCUGCCUGUAAUAUCCAGUUAAGCACUAUUACCGUGACAGGCUACUGAAAGGAAACCGAAUCGUGUGACCACGGAAAAGUCAGUAUAAAUAAAAAUUGAAAUUGUAAUCAAAAAUUGAAUUGACUGUAACCAAUUAUGGGCCGUACUGGCCGCGCAAGGCUGCGCAAGAAGCGUACCAUAAACGCAAAUAUUACAAAAGAAGACACAUUCUCAGCAUUACAACAACAGCUGGGUAUGUUGGGCUGGCGUAAUGCAUACGCACUUACGGCGCGCAACUUUCCGUCUACUGGUCGAGGGAUAUGCUCUAAAACACAAAAUUUCUGUGCUGGCGAUAGACUUAUAAGUUUGCCCUUGAAAUGCUUAGUGACAAUUUGCACAUUGGAAGAGUCGUCGCAUUUCAAAUCACAAUUUGAUACUAAGAAGUUCCACAAAGACCUUAAAAUACCGUUUCAAGCACUACUAGCGCUUUAUGUACUGCACGAACAACAUCUGGAAGAAGCUUCGCAUAUAAACGCUUACAUAAAAUCGAUACCCAAACAAUUUAGUACACCUUAUUUCUGUACAAUUGCUGAGUUGCAGCGUCUGCCAGAGGAGAUUUUAGAGAAAACUGUAGCACAAAAUCGUGUUAUACGCGAAAGUUACGCUUGCCUUAAAAAUAUUUUUCACAAUAACAAAUGUUGUUAUUGUGGCAAACAAUAUUUCGAUGACAUCUACACCUUAACUGCAUACAAAUGGGCUUACUUUGCAGUUAACACGCGUAGUGUCUACGUAUUAAGCCGCCAAAUUAAACCGGAGAAAUGUUUCUUUCAAACAAUACUCACUGAUGAGCCAAAUAUGGCUUUGGCACCUUUUCUAGAUCUAUUCAAUCAUUCAAGUGAUGUUCAAACCAACGCUGAUUUGUUACCAAUCGGACCGAAUAAACAACUAGAAUACGUGCUAACCUUGGAGAGCACGAAGUUGGCGUCCGCAAUACCACCGCGUAAACAGCUCUUCAUAAGCUACGGCACAUUGUCGAAUUAUACACUAUUAACCGAAUAUGGGUUCUUUAUAUCACACAAUCCCGAUGAUUAUUUUAGCUUUUCAUUGACUGACAUUGAGGAAUUUUUGAAACAAGAUAAAACAUAUAGUAACAUAAUGUUGCAUCGCAACAAAUUCACCUUCAUACGUGCUCAUAAUUUGCAUGAUGAAAUGUUUGUGCACCUGGAGGAUGGUGCUUCUCAUAAUUUAUGCGUGGUGUUGCAUCUGCUAUUGCACGAGCAGAGUAUUUACCCAAAUGUGCUGAAUCAAGUGGCCUUUGGUUCAGCUGAGCGUCUGGCUAAUGUGGAGGCGGAAAUACGUUCACUUGUUGGAUACAAAAUAAAUUCUUAUAAACGUUUUGUGCACGAUUUGGAGCAGCUCACUGCAUUGAGUGAGAGUGGUGUAGUAGCAAAGGGUUAUUUAGAAGAGUGCAUACGAUUUUUAAACGAUUAUUUAGACAAGGCAGCGUAAUGUAGUUUAAUUGUUAGUUUUUUUAAAAUACAAUUUUGUAUAUUUCAUAUUUUAUGUUACAAACCUACUUAAUACAGUUAUAUAAAGCGCGCAAACAAUUUUUGAAUGAAUAUUUAGUAAAAGUAGCGUAAUUUAGUUUU